AAAGAUUAUAAAUUUACCGAAUAUUAUGGAUUUCGCCUCCGGAGCAAUCCCUAUGCAUAGACUUUUAUGUCAAAUCAUAAAUGUCCCUAUCUCCGUUUUUAUUUGUUUACUUGCUAUUCCGGAUUAUUCUUUUCUGCCUACCCAUCUCUUAUACGAAUUUUAGGCAUUAACUGUAAUCUUAUUGGGCAGCUGGCGAUUCCUUUCGAUAUAAAUCUUCAGUCUUGGAUUGAUCAGUUUGUCUCUCCGGCAGUUGAUAGUGAGCUGUAUUGUAUAUUUGAGGCUUUGGCUUUGGUUUUUCUCCCCCUUAUGAUUUGCAGUUUCAUUCAAAAGACAACAUGGAGGACAAGUGUGUAAUCAAAAAGGAUGUUACUGAAUUGAUUGGAAAUACCCCAAUGGUAUAUCUCAACCAUAUUGUAGAUGGCUGUGUAGCUCGUAUUGCCGCCAAACUUGAGUUGAUGGAACCCUGUUCUAGUGUUAAAGACAGGCAUAUCAUGAUUGCGUAUAGCAUGAUUACAGAUGCAGAGGAUAAGGGUUUGAUUACUCCGGGAAAGACCGUCCUCAUUGAGGCUACUAGUGGUAACACUGGCAUUGGGUUGGCAUUCAUCGCCGCCGUCAGGGGUUACAAACUUAUACUUGCCAUGCCGGCUUCAAUGAGUCUUGAGAGAAGAAUUGUGCCCCUAGCUUUUGGAGCAGAGUUGUACCUUACAGAUCCUGCCAAGGGUGUUAAUGGGCUUUUUGAGAAGGCCAAUGAGCUACUCAGUCAAAUACCCAAUAGUUAUCUGCUUCAGCAAUUUGAAAAUCCUGCUAACCCAAAGAUCCAUUAUGAAACCACUGGCCCGGAGAUAUGGAGGGAUUCGGGAGGGAAAGUUGAUGCCCUGGUUGCAGGGAUAGGGACUGGGGGUACGGUAGCUGGUGCAGGGAGUUUCCUCAAGGAGAAAAACACCAAGAUCAAGGUUUAUGGGGUAGAACCAGUUGAAAGCGCAGUCUUGAAUGGAGGAAAGCCUGGCAAGCAUCUUAUCCAAGGAAUUGGUGCUGGUAUUGUGCCUGUUGUUCUGGACCUCAACCUGCUUGAUGAAGUUAUUCAAGUAUCAAGUGAGGAAGCUAUCGAAACUGCCAAGCUACUUGCCUUGAAAGAAGGAUUGCUGGUGGGGAUUUCAUCUGGUGCUGCAGCGGCUGCUGCAAUAAAGUUGGCAAGGAGGCCAGAAAAUGCUGGAAAACUCUUUGUUGUGGUUUUUCCCAGCUGUGGAGAGCGUUAUCUGUCUUCUGAGCUCUUUGAUUCCAUCAGGCAGAAGGCAGAAAAUAUGACUUUUGAGUGAGGUGUUCAUGAAUAUCACAAACUGCCCAUGUCCUUUGCAUCUUCUGGAUGCCAUAAAUAAUGAGAGAUGUAGAUUGUUUGCAGUAUUUGCACCUGUUUCUCGUUUCCCCGUCUGUAACAAUGUAACACUUUGUCUCGACACAUUCAUCUGUGUUCCAUUUAUUUAAAUCUGACUCUUAAAAUUAUGUCA